GGAGGGUGAACUUCUCGCGAAGCCGUGUGUUUCGUGACCAAACGGUUCCAUUCCCUGUCAGCAAAUAAUCCACCAUCCCCUGCCAUCCAACAUCUCAACCAUUUCCCCAUCGCACCACACCUACCCUCGACUACAACCAUCAAUCGAGAUUGCGCCUAGAGCCAACAAUUCUCACACAAUGGCGGAUUACGACCGCAGAGGCGGCGGCGGCGGCGGCAGCAGCUACAACCCCAAGAAGCGCCGCUACCGAGACGACGACGAGCACGACCGCCGCGCGCCCCGCCGGCGCUUCGACGCGCCGCCGCACGUGCGCGUGCGCAAGCAGCUGGUGGCCAUCGCCGAGAACCCGAUGCGGCCCUGGCACGAAGAAGUCCAGGCCAUCGCGACGCUCUUCACCGACAACUGGGACGACGAGCUGCUGCGCGCCAACUUUGUCGACCUCGUCCUGCAGCUGGCCGUCGAGCAGCCGCUCAAGACGCCCUUCGUGGCGGCCGUGGUGCUGGUGGCCAAUACGGCGAGGCACGAGGUGGUGGAUUUGUUGUUGGUGAAAUUGGCGGCGUUGGUGCAGGGCAAGAUUGGGGCCGGGGAGUGGAGGGAGGCGAAGCUUUAUCUGAAGCUGUUGGCGUGCUUGCAGGGGUGCUUGGAGGGGGAGGGCGUGUUUCCCGUGCUGGAGGAGCUGUUUGCGCGCGCGGUGGACUUGCAGACGGCUAGUUCGGAGGAUACGAUUGGCACCGAGAUUGUCAAGAUCAUCCUCCUGACGCUUCCCUACAUCAUGGUCGCUGCGCCGGGGCAGUGGGUGCAAAAGGCGGUGGAUCUGAUGGAGAAGACGGAGAUUAUCGCUUCGGAACCGCAGACCCUACAGGCGCUCAUCGAGCCGUAUCAGCCAGAAGCUGGCGAGGAGAACCAGCCGCAGCCCCAGAGUCUGAUUGGGCUGCUGCAGAGCCAGCUUCAGAACGAGGCCAACAAUGGGUGGGCGCUGUCCUGCUUGCCGAGGCCGUGGGAGUUCCCUAUCGGGGAGGUCGAGCAGCGGUCGAAGCUCGACGAUGCCCCGAAGCAUGCGCUCCCUACCAUCACCAUUCCCGAGGCGGUCGUUGCCGGGCCGCGGCCCUUAUUCCCAGAGAUCUACCUCUCGGUCUACGCAGGCCAGGACGUCGAGUCGGUCCCCCCUUUGACCAACAUUGCUGCGUCUUUGAUUCGGGAUGCGCUAUUAGAUACGAUCAACGUGCUCCACUUCAACCGCAACAUCACGGCGCGGCAUCUGAUUGACCUGGACUGCUACUUUUCUCCGCGGACGUUUGCGGCCAGGGCUACCCCGUUCGAUAAACUACGAGACAUCGAGCCGCCCAAGUCGACGUGGAAGCCGGAAGAUGUCGCGGUGGAUGCUGUCUUCUCGCAGCUGUUCCAGUUGCCAACCCCGGAGCAGAAGCUCGUCUACUACCACUCGGUUCUUACCGAGGCGUGCAAGCUGGCCCCGGCGGCGAUAGCCCCCAGUCUGGGCCGUGCUAUCCGCCACCUCUACCGAAACACACCCCGUCUGGAUCUGGAGCUUGCAUCCCGCUUUAUGGACUGGUUCGCGCACCAUCUGAGCAACUUUGGCUUCACUUGGAAGUGGACUGAGUGGGUGGACGAUGUGUACCUGCCGGACGCGCACCCUCGCAAGGCCUUCAUCGCCGGAGCGCUCGACAAGGAGAUCAGGCUCAGCUUCGCACAACGCAUCAAGAACACCUUGCCAGAACCGUACAAGGCGAUGAUUAGCCCGGCGAAGGAAAAGGAUAUGCCAGACUUCAAGUUUGCCAACGACGAUACCCCCUUCGCAGCCGAAGGCCGCGAGAUCGCCGGCCUGCUCAAGCGCAAAGCCGAAGACGAGGAGAUCGACGCCGUCAUUGAGCGUAUCCAGUCACAGGCCAUCGACCGCGAGAUGGACGCCCUGAUGGCCAGCACCGAUGUGUUUGUGACGUGCGUGCUGCAUGUCGGCAGCAAGUCGCUCUCGCACGUGCUCGCGGCCAUCGAGCGCACCAAGGACCGGCUCGCCGACGCCGGCGCCGCCUCGGACGCCGCCCGCUCCCAGAUCAUCUCGGCCACCAUGGAGUACUGGUCCGCCCACCCGGGCGUCGCCCUCUCCAUCAUCGAGAAGCUGCUCAACUACAGCAUCCUCACCCCGGAGACGGUCAUCAACUGGGCCCUCCUCGACCAGCACGGCGGCGCCCGCGGCGAGACCCUCUCGCUCGCGCACGUGUACGAGAUGGUCUUCAACACCGUCAUCAAGGUGACCGGCCGCGUGCGCCAGCUCGUCGCCAAGCCCGCCCUCGCCGCCGAGGACGAGGACGAGAUCAAGGCCAUGCGCGCCCUGUUCGCCGCCAUCGAGGACGCCCUCGCCUCGUGGGCCGCGGGCACCAAGGACGAGAUGAUGGAAACCGCCGAGGGCGAGGCCGACACCGACGCCGACAGGCUCGUGCGCGCCUGGGGCGCCCGCUGGCUGCGCGUCUUUCGGCGCCGCGCCGCCAUCGAGGAGGCGUUCCUCGUCGAGGCCGAGAAGGAGAGGGCGCGGAGGGCGCAGGCCGCCGCCGAGCGGCAGGCCGAGGUGGGGGAGGAGGGGCUGGGGAAUGGGGAGGCCGAGGCGGAGGUGACGGCGGGGUUGACGCAGCCGAUGGAUGCGGAGGGUGAGGAGGGCGCGUAGAAAAUGGGUGACUGCGACGGGGUGUUACGUGGACGGGAGGGCAGGUCUCGUUCAUCGCUGCUGCGGUGAAUCGGAUGGUUGGUUGAGCUACUGAAGGCCGGCUCGCUCGCUGCUGGCUUGCUUGCUCCCUUGCGUGUACUGUAUGGGUUGUAUUAUUUGCAUGGUUCUUUCGUCGAGUCAGGGGGACGCCGGGCCGGAUAUGACAGGCUCUAGACGAAAGCAGGCCAUUUUCUGGAACAUAUUUACUACUACUGGGUCGGCUGCGGAAACGGGAAAAUGAUAAAU